AUGUUGACGAAACUUGAUGGCCUAAAGAAGACUCAGGAUACGUUGGCAAUCAACUACGACGCCAAGCUAGACCAGAUGCGAACCGAUAUCCUAAGUCUGGUACGGCAGGAUCGUGUCAAGGAAGAAGGCAUGCAUAUGGCGCAAUUAGCUAGUUUGAAGACGAAGCUUGACGCACUUGGAAAAGAGCACAUGGCAUGCAUCAACCAGAACGCUGUCAUAAGGAGUCUCUACUUCCCAGUACUACACAGGCGAUGGGGACAAAUUCCAAACGCCGACAAGACUUCGAACACGUGGAUCUUCGAUGCAUCUUUGACCUCCUUCACGGCCUGGUUGGCCAGCGCUGAUGAAGACGAUGGGCUAUUCUGUAUCACAGGUCGGGCAGGCAGUGGCAAAUCCACACUGAUGAAAUUCGUAUCUGAAAACCCCCGCACGCUCGAAUAUCUUCAAGAGUGGACUGGCACGACUAAACUCUGCACGGCAAGCUACUACUUCUGGAAUCAAGGUUACGAAAUGCAAAAGAGCCAAGAAGGUCUCUUCCAAUCACUUCUGUACGAGAUACUGAAAUCUGUACCCAGACUCGUCGAGAUAGUGUGUCCAAGUCGGCUGGAGCACGAAGAAUGGCGUUUGGAGGAACUUAAAGCUACCUUCGCCCGCAUCGCUACCCAGGAGGAUUUAGAAGUCAAGUUCUGCUUCUUCAUCGAUGGUUUAGACGAGUACAACGGAGCGGAGGAGGACGUUGUUAGUGCUUUGAAGUUCCUCUCCGCAUCCAAGGACAUCAAGAUCUGCGCCUCGACGCGGCCUCGCUCGGUAUUCGAGAAGUUCUUCAGUAAUCAUUCCCGCACAUUCGACAUCAAGGGCUUCACCAAAGAAGAUAUGGGACGCCAUGUCCAGCGCGAACUCGCAGAAAAUGACAACUUCCAAGAUUUGGAGGAUGCCGAUUCCACGAGCGCAUCGAUAAUGAAGGUGAUUGCAGAACGCGCGCAAGGUGUAUGGCUAUGGGUCUUCCUCAUCACUCGUGACCUUGUCUAUGCCGUCAAUCGGCAUGAGGGUGUCGACAUGCUGUGGAACAUUGUCAAUCUUUUCCCAGCAGACCUGGAAGAGUACUUCGAGGUUAUUCUCAAGAGAGUUAAACCAGAGUAUCUUGAACAGAUGUCGCAGAUCUUUUUGAUAACGGUGGAUGAACUCCAGCCGCUCCCAUUGUACGCCUUCUCACUGCUGGAAAGCGAACGCAAGAACGCUGCAUAUGCUAUCGACGCACCCAUACGACCCCUUCGCGACAGGGAUGUGGAAAGCCAAUAUCCCGAGUUGAAGUGGCGCAUCCAGAACAGAUGCAGUGAUCUACUUGUUGUCAAUGACGAAGAACAUCCCCUCUUCCUGAGUCAUCCGGUCGACUUCCUUCAUCGAACCGUUCGCGACUUCUUGGAAGACAAUUACUACUCACAACUACAAGCCAACCUGAAGGGCAAGUUCAGCUCUACGUCUACCUUAUGCAAGAUGUGCCUUGUAAUGCUCAAAUCACUCCCGGAUAUCGAUCUCAAGGCACCACUCUCGAUCAACAAAGUCAUCGGGCUAACGGACGAGCUACUCUAUUACGCGUAUGAAACCGAGAGAGCCGAUCAAAGUCCUACAUCGUCUCUGGUAGAGGUACUUGAUGCCGUGGAUAGCGUCAAUACUCACCACGCACGCGGUGUUCGAAACCACUGGACGCACGCCCGCGACCCUGUUGGUGAACGAGGGCUUGACGUAUAUCGAGAGGGCGACAAGUACAAUUUCCUAGCCUUGGCUGUGCAAGCUCGUCUCGUGAAGUACGUUCGUGCAAAGUUAGACAUGAACCCAAACAACGCGCGAAAGGGCGGACGACCGCUACUCGACUACGCGCUCCGCCCACGUCGCAUCACACCUAUCAGCAUGCGAUACCACUCCAAGCGCGACGACCCGAGUGUGAAUGUGGACAUGGUACGGCUCCUCCUCGAUCGCGGAGCGGACCCAAAUCAGCCCGUUCAUCUGAACGACGGCAAGUCAGUCUGGCUGCUCUUUUUACUUUCGAUACAUGAGACCGUAUUGCGUGCGCACAAGGGUGGCACAAAGCCUUCAGGGAGUCUCACUAGCGCUUGGUACCAAUGUUGCCAAUUGCUCAUCCAACAUGGUGCCCAGAGGAAUUUGUAUCUCCCUAAAACGGAAUCGGUGUCAGCCGUUGGUAGCGUCUUGAGGGAUCUCUUUGGGUCUGCGAAAACAGAUGCUUUAGAAGAGCUUCUAGACAAGAAGGAGCAGGAGGAGCAGCAGUCAACGGGCUCGUGUAUGGUCAUGUGA